AUGAAAGACCACUACUACAAGAAUCAACAUGGCCAUACGAAACGUGCCGAUUACAACAUUGCAAAAUACAUGAAGACUGCAUCGGACGAUAAAGACUCGGCAGCAUUGUUCAAAAAAAAGAACAAGAAGAAUAUUCAUCAAGUGGCAAAGAUCAUUCCUGAUGUUACUCCUUCUCAACCCUAUAUCAAACCUGCUGAAUUAACAGAUCAAUAUCCGCUCUUGAGAAUUAAUCCUAGAAAUAUCAAAAAUUCAGAUCAAAAACAUGAAAUUGUGACCAAACAACGAAAACUAAAAAGAAUUUUACAAAGUAAAAACAGAAAAGAACGUCGAAGUUUAGGAGUUCCAGUUCAACAACCAAAAACACAAGAAGACAAAAGAAUUUAUGAUCCCUCAAUCAUCACUCCAUACAAGACUAACUAUCACCCUGAAAAUGAUUUGGAAUAUAUUAAGAAUUUCAAUGAACAAGUUCAACAAGCAAAACAAGAAACAUUGGCAGAAGAAGAGAAUAUGGAUGAAUUUGAAGAAUAUUUCAAGAAUGGAAAAGAGCCAAAAAUCUUGAUUACCACUCAGUAUAAUGCCAUGUUGAAUAAGGCUAAAUCAGCAUCUAAAUUUACAAUGAUAUUUAUUAAGGAAUUAUUGAGUUGUAUUCCAAAUAGUAUUUUCAUGAGAAGAAAACAAUAUUACGUGAAGGAUGUUUUGAAAUAUGCCGAAAAGAAUGACUACACCGAUGUCAUGGUCAUUGGUGAACGUAAUAACAAACCUUCAUCUUGUCUAUUAAUUCAUUUACCUCAUGGACCAAGUGCUACUUUUAGAUUAUCAUUUCCCAAAUUAAGAAAGGAUUUGAGAAAUGUUACUCAAGCUAAAAUUGAUAGAGAUUAUUGCCAAAAGUACUAUCCAGAAUUGAUAUUGAACAAUUUUACAACACGUUUGGGUUAUAGAGUGGCAAGAAUGUUUCAAGCCAUGUUCCCUCAAAAACCUAAUUUCACAGGAAGAAGAGUAGUAACGCUCCACAAUCAACGUGAUUUUAUAUUCUUUAGACAUCAUAUUUAUCAAUUCUAUGAUGUUGAUGAAAAGAAUAAGGGAAAUGAUCAUUCAGAAUAUGAUCGAGAUGAUGUCUAUUUGGCAAGAAACGUGAAACAAGAAAUUGAGAAAUUGAACAAGCAAUUGAAAGUUGUGAACAAUGAAAUGGAUAUUCAACAAAGUGAUGAUGAAGAUGAAGAGGAUGAAAUGAGUGAAGAAGAAAUUGCCAAUGAAGAUGACAUUUCUCAACGAGUAGAGAACCACGCGAAAAAGACAGUAACUGUCACGAAAGGAGUUAAAAUUAAUGAAAUUGGACCUCGAGUGACCUUUAGAUUGCAAAGUUUACAAUUGGGCAAGUUUGAUAACUUGUUUGGUGAAUUUGAGUGGUAUGGAAGAAGUGAAUUGGUUACAGACAAGAAACAAUUUGUCAUUUAA